UUAGAUUAAUUAAUUUACAUAUAAAAUAUGUAAAUUAAACUAAAUAUCGUCAUUCAGUCUUGAUGCAAGAUUUAUAGAAAAGCACAUCGGCCAAGCCCUAACACUGACCUCUUUACUGCUUCCUCUAAAGCAUUAAUUUAGUGUUUGAACAGGUGCAGAUGAAAGGGCCACAGGUGAGGAGUCGGAGCAGUUCUCUCUGCUUGCAGAGGAAUGACCAUCCUAUGAGUCACCUCAGCUCUGACCAGCUGCCUCCAUACAGAGGUCCUGGGCUGAUCAAAGCCCGUCGGUUCACUGGUGACAACACUGACAGCUGAAUGUGUUCACCGCCGUCUGAGCCGAUGAGCAGUUAGCGAGAUGUGUUGUUAGGUGAUAUGUAUCCACGGAUUAAUUGACACACCUGUGUUUAAUUCUCAUAGACAGUGCUGGCGAUCAUCUCAUCAGAGAUCCAUCAACACUAAGCUACAGCUGCCUGGCUCAAAGAAAAAAAAACGUGUUAAUAAUCUUCCUGUCUUGGCUGUUAAUGUGUUGAUGUGUAUGCUUUGAUCUGAAACGGAAAAAUCCUGUAACCAUUCAGCAUAGACUAUAUGGUCUGUGGUUAACUCACAAGACGUAAGAUGAAUAAUAACAUGUAACGGUGGAUGUUUUUAUCUAAAUUGUUUGGGGAAGCUAUUCCGCUGAUACUCCAUCUGGCCACUUCUUGCUGGUUAGCAAGUUUCAAAAAAGGUACCAAAAAUGUGCCACAAAUCACAAACUCAACAAGUCCUAACUGACUUGACAUUUUCCUCAGUCCUUUGCUGAAAUAUGCACUUUGACAUUCCCAUUUUUUGCUUCUCAUCUGCUACCACUACAUAUGAAUCACAACAGGUGUUAAGAACUAAGAACCAGUUUCUCUGAAAGAUAACCAAGUCAUUUAACAACAUAGCUGAUCAGAAUUACUUUAUUUAUAAUAUAAUAUUAUAUUCAUAACACCCAUGGCACUGAAAAAAAUAAGUGUUUUGUCUUGUUCAGUGACUUUCUUCUCUUUAUAUUUUAGAAAAACUGAAGCACAGCUCUAUGACUUGAAUCUGACACUGAUAAUAAUACAUGAAGAGCACUUGCCCUUUUAAUGUAACAUUAACAGUUACAGAUUUUAGGAUAUAAAGUAUUUUGCAUUUGAAACAGAUGCUCUUUCAUAUUUUUGUUGAUGUAUGUUAGGUCUGUGCUUUCUACACAGUAUGACGCACUUGAAUCAGUAUCCUGAUUUUCAUUAUGCCUGGUUUACCUCAUUAAACAUUUCAUUAGUGGGUUCAGCUGCAAUUGAAAAAAUUUGCCUGUUUAUGCUGGUGCUACUUGUUAAGUCAAUUGCUAUGAACGUUGGCAGACAUGAUAUUUUUUGCACAGCCUACCUUGGUGAUGUGGAAAAUAAAACAUCACAACUUUAGAAAAAAAACAAUAAGAUAAAAUCGGCAAUAGAGUAAACACGGGGUUGCUAGGAGGGAUUAAAAACAUUAAGCAAAUGAGGUUUCAGGUUUGUCACUUUGUUGACAGGAAGACUCCGUUUUCCUGGAGCCGGCUGUUCAGGGUCUGCUGCUUUUGUGCCUGUUGUAAUCCCACGGGACUUAACGAAUUGUGUUUUCAUUAUGUCUCCUUUGCAGUAAUUUGUUCUUAUUACGUUUGACAACUGUUAAACCAGUCACAUCAGACUUAUGCAAGUCUAAAUGAACGCACACGUCAGAAUGAACUUCAGAGUCAAUGAGCUCCUGCCCAUCUACGCUGAUCGAAACUUGGGAAGCCAAAGGUGUUGCAACUUGUCCCAGGCAGUGAGAGGAAAAAAAGUGUAAGAAAUAGCUUGUUGAACGUGUGUGUUUGGGAAAGUAAUGAUUAAUACAGCAAAUACUGAUGGAGUAAUACUGAUAAUCCACUGAGGGGUGACUCACAGGUUGGAUUUUCACCUCUGUGCCAACCAAGCCCUGCCGUCUGUAUGGAGGUCAUGUGACUGGGAAAAGGAGGGGGUAAAGAGAAAGCUGAGGUGAGACCACCUCCACCGCUGAAGUCUUACCUUUACUCUUCAGGGAACACCUAAUACCUGCACUGAGCACCUCAGCCACAGCAGCUCUUACAACCAACUGGAUACAUCUGCUGGACAAUCAGAACUGUUUUCAUUUUUGUUCUUUUUCACUCUGGAGGGUGGGGUGCAUUUCACCAAUCCACCAGCAUCCUUGUAGGAGUCAACCUGGACCUUUUCAGCGGACUGACACUUAAUAUUGGACUCUUAAUAGCUUGGACAUGUUUGGCCCAAGGCAGCUGGUAUCUACGCUCCUGCCUGCGGUUUUCCACUCACCAGCAGCUCACUUUUUCCCUGCAUUCCCAACCAGACUGGGCGCUCAACCUCAGAUCUUGAUCCCGGGGCCAUUUAUCAGCUAUGAAUCCUUGAGGAAUUAUCUGCAGCCAGAGCCAUGCAAGGAAGCUUUGCUCCUGGCCACACAGGCAGUUGGGAUGGGUCCACUCACAGAGGGCAUAGAUGAACAGAGGCCAGUGAAGCAGCGUCGGGCACGAGCCAACUACAGCAGCUGGCAGCUGGAGGAGCUGGAGAAGGCCUUCGAGACCACCCACUACCCAGACAUCUUCAUGAGGGAAGCCCUGGCCGUCAGACUGGACCUCAUUGAGGCCAGAGUCCAGGUUUGGUUCCAGAACCGCCGAGCCAAGAUGAGGCGACAGCUGAAGCUCCAGGGCCAGCUUGCAGGGCCUUAUGUAAACAGAGACAGUGACGAAACAUCUGAGCGAGCGAGCGGGAGUCUGAGACAGCAGACAGAAAGUUCUGAUGGCGAGCGCUACGAGAGGCGACAGGCAGGAGAAGAAAACUCUCCAUGGACAAAAGGUGCGGGUGCUGCUGUGGGCGUUCAUAGGCAGCCUGUGACUCAGAGGUCGGGGAAGUGGGAGAGGCCGGAGGGGCCGAGCUCAGAGGAGCUCCGAUCCUGCAGCAUCGCCAAGCUGAGGGCCAAAGCCAGAGAGCAUGAGGCCGAGAUCCACAGCACUAUAAACAUGUCAGGAGGCGACACGCAGUCACGAACACAGGAAGCUGAUGCCAUGCACAGUGAAUGAUCACCUUCCUUCUUCCUGUUUGUACAGAUAACCAUAAAAAAGCAGUGUAUAUUACAACUGUGCUGGAACAGCCUUUUUGAACCUUUCAGGGAUGAGGAACUUUAUUAUUUAGCCGUCAUUAAUUAAAUAUUUCUUGCAGUGUAAAAUUUUCAUAAUUUUCUAUAAAAUUACAAAAAAGUCUUUAAUUUCUUGCUGUUUUAUCUUCAUAGUACAUUCCAUCUAGCAUCUUUGACAUUUUCUGGACAUUUGCUGUUUAGAGUUCUUUUGACGUUUGGAUGGUUAGUAUGUAUCACUCUUUUUCUGUUUUGAUAAAAUUCAGACGUACAAAAUAUUUCUGUACACUACAUUAAUAGAACCAUUAGUUGACGUCACCCACAUGUGGUGCUCUUGUCUCUUCAAAUUCCAGAAGUGUUUAGGUUAUCAACAGUGGACAGCAUGGACGGCUUGUCGGGUCUUUAACAGACGACAGCGACAAAUGACCAAAGCUGUCACGUUAUCUUAUCAGUCUCUCAGGGCACAGCCGAAACGGGAUACGGUAAAAUAAUUUCUACAUGAUUUCACUAAUGACAAGCUCAUCCCUGACCUCUCGAGUUACCUCCACAGACAGGCAGGAUGUCUGCAUGCAGCCACAUGUCCUCGCAGGAAACAAUGGAAAUAGCUGAAAAAUGAAAUCAUGAAGAGUGAGUCCAUAUAGAUCAUACAUCUCGUCUUAAACUGUAUGCAUCAAAGUAAUAGCAAAAGGAUUUUUUUACUUUACUUUCACUGAUAGGGAUACGGGUUCCAGACACGGCUGUGAAAAGAAUCUCAGGUCGAGUUAAAGGAUGAAGUAAACGAACAAAAAACACAACAUAAUAAUAUCAGGCUGAAAUAAUACUUCAACAGUGACAUAAUGUCGAACCAAUUCCGGAAGUACGUGUUCAUGUUCAACUACUACACACAUUAUUUUACAUUGUACUUUACUCAGUAAAAACAAAAUUCAGCAGGAUAAGAGGACACAGUUUGACCGUGAGUGGAGUGGGGAGAUGCUCCUCUGACAGUGCAGUGUGACACAGCUGCCCCCUUCUGGGCGUGAAGAUGUCCUCAGACAGGACAGCUGAGAA